AUGAAAUGUACAACCCAGGGAUCUCUGAAGAUUCACAUGGAAGUACACACAGGAGAGAAACCAUUCAGUUGUGAUGUUUGUGAGAAAAGAUUUAAACAACAGGGCUCGCUGAAGACACAUGUGAGAGUCCACACACGAGAGAAACCAUUCAGUUGUGAUGUUUGUGGGAAAAGAUUUACAGUACAGGGAAGUGUGAAGAAACACAUGAGAGUCCACACAGGAGAGAAACCAUUCAGUUGUGAUGUUUGUGGGAAAAGAUUUGCAGUACAGGGAAGUGUGAAGACACACAUGAGAAUUCACACAGGAGAGAAACCAUUCAGUUGUGAUGUUUGUGGGAAAAGAUUUGCAGUACAGGGAAGUGUGAAGAUACACAUGAGAGUCCACACAGGAGAGAAACCAUUCAGUUGUGAUGUUUGUGGGAAAAGAUUUACAGGACAGGGAAGUGUGAAGACACACAUGAGAGUCCACACUAGAGAGAAACCAUUUAGUUGUGAUGUUUGUGGGAAAAGAUUUGCAGUACAGGGAUAUUCAAAGUCACACAUGAGAGUCCACACAGGAGAGAAACCAUUCAGUUGUGAUGUUUGUGGGAAAAGAUUUACAGAACGGGGACAUCUGAAGAGACACAUGAUCAUCCACACAGGAGAGAAACCAUUCAGUUGUGAUAUUUGUGGGAGCAGAUUUACAGAACGGGGAAAUCUGAAGAGACACAUGAGAGUCCACACAGGAGAGAAUUCAUUCAGUUGUGAUGUUUGUGGGAAAAGAUUUACAGUACAGGGAAGUGUGAAGAAACACAUGAGAGUCCACACAGGAGAGAAUUCAUUCAGUUGUGAUGUUUGUGGGAAAAGAUUUACAAAACAGGGAGAUCUGAAGAGACACAUGAGAGUCCACACAGGAGAGAAACCAUUCAUUUGUGAUGUUUGUGGGAAAAGAUUUACAAGACAGGGAUCUCUGAAGAGACACAUGAGAGUCCACACAGGAGAGAAACCAUUCAGUUGUGAUGUUUGUGAGAAAAGAUUUAAACAACAGGGCUCGCUGAAGACACACGUGAGAGUCCACACAAGAGAUAAACCAUUCAGUUGUGAUGUUUGUGGGGAAAGAUUUACAGAAAAGGAAGUGUGA